UAGUGAGUGCGUGCUCUUUGCAGACCCAGGUCCCACCCUGCCUUGGCCCUGACUGCACGGCUCCAGUGACGGAGCGAAGAUUGGAAGGUUAACCAGGCCUAGAGAGAAGCUUGUUCCAUGACUUCUGGCCUAUCACCAUGGCGUACAAAUCACGCUUUUCAUUCUGGGAGCAAAAGGUUAAAGUUGAGAACAAGCCAGAUUCUGAUGUAGAUAGUGGUCAGCUUCAGGCAGUCACUAAACCGGGGCUAGACACAGGAAGUGGUCCACAGUCAACUGCAUCAACAGCCGAAGCGUCCAAUAGUAACAUUACCAUGGACGGUUCACACACCCCAGGCGAGGAGCAGAGUACUAGUGGUAAAAAGGUGGUGAGGGUUGUAAGAAGAAUUGUUAGACGUGUGGUUCCUGCUGGGACGGAGGAGCCGAACCAGCCCCCUGCUCCUGAGUCUGCUAAGGCUGUGCUCAAAACCACUAAGGCUGCUGGGGAGGAUAAGGAUGAUAUCUCCACGGGCCUGACCAGCCUCAUGGGCAGAAGUCGAACCAAGGAGCACCGGCCUCGCACCCGCACCCAGGACCGCAAAGAGGACAUGAAAGAAGAGGUGAAGCAGGAGGAGGAGAAAGGAAAGGUGGAGGAAGAGGAGGAAAAACCUAAAGUGGAAAAAACAGAGGAGGCCACAUCCACAUCUGUGCUCAUUACUUCAGCAGCAAACCCUGCACCACUAAAAUCUAACCCCCUCACCCCUCCAGCUGGGUUCAUCCCUCCACCCAAACCCGACCCUUUGGCCCCACCUGCUGGUUUCAUCCCUGUCUCCAGACAGAAUUUCUUGACUCCUCCGCCUGGUCUCAUUCCUGCCAGAAAAUCCAGUCCGCUGCCACCAAAACAGAAUCCCCUCGCGAGACCUCCGGGAUUCAUCCCCAUCCCAAAGACAGACCCCCUGGCUCCGCCUGCAGGGUUCAUCCCAAAGUCUCGUACAGUUGCUGUAAAGAAACCGGAGGUAAAGGAGACAUCUUGUCCCCCUGUGGCCCCCAUUGGUAAGCCGUCCCCCGUUGCACUGCCCCAGCCCCAGUCUGCACCAAAUGAACAGGUCCCAGAGCUGAUUCCGUCUGAGGAAGAUUACAAUCGUGUGAGGAGGAUCUUCACCGCCGAUGGCAACGAUCGUGCCAGAGGGCAGAAAUCCUCUCAGCCCAAACUUGUUGAAGACCCUGUGGCCAUCCUUCAGGCAGCACACUCAGCUGCAGCUAAGGGAAAGACUGAGGAGCAGAUAUCAGCAGAGAGAGCCUGGUAUAACACGGAAAAAGUAUGGCUUGUCCACAAGGAUGGAUUUUCCAUGGCAACUCUCCUGAAGACAGAGGCAGGCAGUCUGCCAGAGGGGAAGGUGAAAAUCCGCCUGGAGAGUGAUGGAUCUUUAUUGGAAGUGGAUGAAGAUGAUGUAGAGAAGGCAAACCCUCCGAUGUUUGACCGAGUGGAGGACCUGGCCUCUCUGCAGUAUUUGAAUGAGUCGAGCGUGAUGCACUCCCUGCGGCAGCGGUACAGCGGCAACCUGGGGCACACCCACGCUGGGCCAAACAUGGUGGUCAUUAACCCCAUUAGUGCCCCCUCAAUGUACACUGAGAAGGUGAUGCAAAUGUUCAAAGGCUGCAGAAGGGAGGAUACGGCCCCUCACAUUUAUAGCUUGGCCCAGGCUGCCUAUAGAAACCUCCUGACAACUCGCCAGGAUCAGUCCAUUGUCUUGCUGGGCAAGAGUGGUAGUGGCAAGACUACCAACUGUCAACACAUCAUCCAAUAUCUGGUUACCAUUGCUGGGAGCACCAACAAAACCUUCUCCACAGAGAAAUGGCAGGCAGUCUACACCAUUUUGGAGGCAUUUGGAAAUGCCUCUACCUGUAUGAAUGGGAAUGCUAGUCGCUUCUCCCAUAUUGUUUCCUUGGACUUUGACCAGACGGGCAUGGUGACCUCAGCCUGUAUCCAGACCAUGCUUCUGGAGAAGAUGAGGGUGACAAGAAGACCAGAGGGAGAGUCCACUUUUAAUGUCUUUUACUAUCUGAUGGCGGGAGUAGACAGCGCUCUUAGAACUGAGCUGCACCUCAACCACUUUGCUGAAAACAGUGCAUUUGGAAUCAUGCCUCAGACCAAGACUGAGGAUAAACAGCGGGCCUCCCAGCAGUUUUCCAAGCUGCAAGCAGCCAUGAAGGUUCUUGGGAUCAGUGGUGAUGAGCAAAGGGCGCUGUGGCUUGUCCUUGGGGCCAUUUACCAUCUUGGAGCUGCAGGAGCUACUAAGGCUGGCAGGAAACAAUUUGCACGUCAUGAGUGGGCCCAGAAGGCAGCCUACCUGCUGGGCUGCACCCUGGAGGAGCUCUCCUCCUCCAUCUUCAAGCACCAAGCCAAGGGCACCCUGCCCAGAGCUGGCACCAUCCGCCAGGUUUCUGAGGAAAAUGGCACAGCAGAUGCAGGAUCCAAGGCUACGGCCAUGGAGUGUUUAGAGGCCAUAGCAUCUGGGCUUUACUCUGAACUCUUCACUAUCCUCAUUUCUUUAAUAAACCGGGCCUUGAAAUCCAGCCAGCACUCACUGUGCUCUCUGCUCAUUGUGGACACACCAGGCUUUCAAAACCCCAGGCUGGCUAAGCGCGAGUGCGGCGCAACCUUUGAGGACCUCUGCCACAACUACACUCAAGAGCGUCUGCAAACCCUCUUCUACCAGCGUACCUUUGUUCAGGAGUUGGAGAGAUACAAAGAGGAGAACAUAGAGCUUGCUUUAGAUGACACAGAGCCCAGCACAUCUCUCUCUGUGGCAGUGGUAGACCAAGCCUCAAGCCAAGCGCUGGUACGGACAGUUCGAACAGAUGAGGCACGGGGCCUGUUGUGGCUGAUGGAGGAGGAGGCACUGCAGCCUGGGGGAUCCGAGGAAACACUGUUGGGACGUCUCUUUAGCUACUAUGGACCUGCUGAGGGCGAGAGUAAAGGUCACACUUUCCUCUUGAAGAGUGAAAAGGAUAAACAUUUCCUGCUGGGGCACAGUCAUGGGACCGACUGGGUGGAGUACAAUGUCUGCGGGUGGCUGAACUACGCCAAGCAUAAUCCUGCCUCUAACAAUGCUACAAGCCUCCUGCAGGACUCCCAGAAGAAGAUCAUAAGCUCACUGGUCAUGAACCGAGCGGGUGGAGCCACUGUUUUGUCCGGUUCCAUUGCAGGCCUUGAAGGUGUUUCCCAGCUGUCCUUGCGACGGGCCACUAGCAUGAGAAAGACCUUCACCACAGGAGUGGCUGCUAUCAAGAAGAAGUCCUUGUGCAUCCAGAUAAAGCUUCAAGUGGAUGCUCUCCUUGACAUGGUGCGGAGGUCCAGGAUUCACUUUGUUCACUGCAUAUUGCCCAAGGCAGAUGCCCUCAAGGCUCUGAGCGGAUCUCUGUACAAAGGAGGGGAAUGUGAGGCUCAAGGGGAGAGUGGAGAUUCCAGCUUAAUGCAGUUAGAUGUAGCCUUGCUCCGUGCUCAGCUGCGUGGAUCCAAGCUGCUUGAUUCUCUCCGGAUCUACAGGCAAGGUUACCCCGAUCACAUGGUGUUCUCUGAGUUUCGACGGCGCUUUGAUGUGCUAGCACCGCACCUCACCAAGAAGCACGGGAGGAAUUACAUAGUGAAGGACGAGCGGAGAGCUGUGGAAGAGCUACUGGAGUCCCUGGAUUUGGAGAAGCGCAGCCACCACAUGGGUCUGAGCAGGUUGUUCUUCAGAGCUGGCACUUUGGCUAAGCUGGAGGAACAGAGGGAUGAGCAGACCAAGCGUAAUCUAACCCUGUUCCAAGCUGCCUGUAGAGGCUACCUGGCACGGCAAGCCUUCAAGAAAAGAAAGAUUCAGGAUCUAGCAAUCCGUUGCAUCCAGAAAAACAUCAAGAAGAACCACGGUGUGAAGGACUGGCCAUGGUGGAAGCUCUUCACCACAGUCCAGCCCCUUAUCAAGGUCCAGCUCACCGAGGAGCAGAUGCGAAGCAAAGACGAGGAGAUACAGCUGCAGAAAUCGAAGCUGGAGAGGGUGGAGAAAGAGCGGAAUGAGCUGAGACUGAACACGGAUCGAUUGGAGAGCAAGAUCGCGGACUUGUUAGCAGAGCUUGCUGAUGAGAGAAGCACUAGUGAGUCAGCAUCCCAGUUACUGGAGACUGAGACUUCAGAGAGACUCCACCUGGAGAAGGACAUGAAGGAUCUACAGGCUAAAUUUGAAGCCAUGAAGAAACAAUUAGAAUCACAGGAAAUGGAGGUGAUGGAAGCUCGACUCAUGAAAACAUCAGAGCUCAACGGGGAGAUGGAUGAUGAUGAUGAUGCUGGAGGCGAGUGGCGGAUAAAAUACAACCGAGCCAUUCGUGAAAUGGAAUGGACCAAAAAGAAACUCGAGCAGGAGUUUGAUGACAAACUGGAGACAGAGCAGCAGAGCAAAAGACAUCUUGAGAGAAGGUUGGCUGAUUUGCAGACAGAUAAUGAGGAUGUGCAGCGCUCUGUGCAGCAGCUGAAGAAGAAGAGCCAGAAACUGGCGGCAGAGCUGCAGGACACCAAGCUUCAUCUAGAGGGACUACAGAGUCGCAACCAUGAUCUGGAGAAGAAACAGAGGAAAUUUGACCUGGAGCAGAACCAGGCCCAGGCUGAGGUACAAAGAGAAAGGAGCCAGAGGGAGAAGUUGGCUCGAGAGAAAGACAUAAUGACUGCCGAGAUGUUUAACCUCCGCCAGCAGCUGCAGGACAAGGACAGUGAAUUGUGUGCCGCAAAUAUGAAGGUGCAGCAGCUGGAGGCAGAGCUCCAGGAUCUGUCCUCCCAGGAGUCCAAGGAUGAAGCCUCUCUGGCCAAGGUCAAGAAGCAGCUUCGUGACCUUGAGGCCAAGGUGAAAGACCAGGAAGAGGAGCUGGACGAACAGGCUGGAACCAUCCAGAUGUUGGAGCAGGCAAAGCUGCGGCUUGAGAUGGAGAUGGAGAGACAGCGGCAGACCCACUCUAAAGAAAUUGAUAGUAAGGAUGAAGAUGUAGAGGAGAUCAGGCGGUCCUGCAGUAAGAAGCUGAAACAGAUGGAGGUACAGCUGGAGGAGGAGUAUGAAGACAAGCAGAAAGUGUUGCGCGAGAGAAGGGAGCUGGAGUCCAAACUGCUGAACGCCCAGGACCAGGUGAGCCAGAAGGAUGUGGAGACAGAGAAGAGGCUGAAGAAAGACCUGAAGAGAACCAAAGUCCUGCUGGCAGAUGCACAGAUUAUGCUGGACCACUUGAAGAGUAACGCCCCCAGCAAGCGAGAGAUCGCCCAGCUCAAAAAUCAACUGGAGGAGUCAGAGUUCACUUGUGCGGCAGCAGUGAAGGCUCGAAAGAGCAUGGAGAUUGACAUAGAGGACUUGCAUAUCCAAAUGGAGGACAUAGUCAAAGCUAAGAUGUCGUUGGAGGAGCAGGUUAGCCGUCUACAGAGAGAGAAGAAUGACCUGCAGUCUCGUAUGGAGGAGGAUCAGGAAGACAUGAAUGAGCUGAUGAAAAAACACAAGGCUGCAGUUGCCCAGUCUGCCAGGGACUUGAGCCAGAUCACUGACCUACAGGCCCAGCUGGAGGAGGCCACAAAGGAGAAGCAGGAGAUCCAAGAAAAGCUUCAUUCGCUGCAGAGCCAGCUAGAGUUCCAAGAACAGUCCAUGGUGGAAAAGUCUCUCGUCAGCCGUCAGGAGGCCAAGAUCCGUGAGCUGGAGACCAAGCUGGAGUAUGAGAGGACACAGAUCAAACGCUUGGAGAGCCUGGUGGGUCGUCUGAAAGAGAAUCUCGAAAAGAUGACAGAGGACAGAAACCAACGCAUUGCUGCAGAAAACAGGGAGAAGGACCAGAAUAAGCGAAUGCAGAGGCAGAUAAGGGACAUGAAAGAAGAAAUGGGAGAGCUGUCCAAGAAGGAGGGCGAGGCGAGCCGGAAGAAGCACGAGCUGGAAAUGGACAUCGAGAGCUUAGAGGCGGCAAAUCAGAGCUUACAAGUGGACCUUAAGCUGGCCUUCAAGAGGAUAGGUGACCUGCAGGCUGCUAUUGAGGAUGAAAUGGAGAGUGAUGACAAUGAUGACAUAAUCAACAGUUUGCAGGACAUGGUGACAAAAUAUCAGAAAAGAAAGAACAAAACUGGGGAUGAGACGGAAACAGAUUCAGAGGUGGAGGACCGUGUGGAUGGAGUUAAGUCUUGGCUCUCCAAGAACAAAGGCUCCACCAAGACCCUGUCAGAUGAGGGAAGCCUGAAGAGUACCAGCCCUCCCGUGUACCGGAGACACCUGAGUGUUGGCAGACCCGAUGAAGAGGAUGAGGUGGACAGAGACUCCAGCAGGCAUUUGCUGAGGCAGAGCGGCAGCGAAGGCUUAUUGGAAGAGAGCGCAUCGUAACCCAAAGUCAGCCAACCUUGUGCUUUCAAGGACACCAAACACACAGGAAGGACAUUAUUCUUUCCCUCCAACCUUAUCACCACUUCCCACCCACCAAGGACAGAAAAGAGUCACAUAACGAACACUGUUUUGAAUAGUUUAUCCUGGCCACUUUGUCUUACUUCACUUACAAUAGCGCACCCAUUCACAUCAUGAACUUAUUUUGCUUCCAUGGCUAGAGUGUGCUUUUUCUUUUUCUUUUUUAUUGAACACAACAUAUUGAAAAAGUCAGUCAGUACAGAACAGUAAAGUUGAGCACCACCAGAGGAACCUCCUGCUGCUGCUGUAUUUAUAAGAGCUGCUUUUCAGGCAAAUUUAAGCAAUCCUCUACGCUCUCCUCUGACUAUCCAGAUAGCUCUGCCAAGAGGAUUUAGAUAAGCCUGCUCUGGCUGGACUUCUCCUAGGUCUGGCCAACUAUUAAGACUGUUCUUAUCUUUUCCCCAUUAAUGUGGACUAAUGUGGUGGUAGGAAUUAACCCAUUUUCAAUUAAUUAUGUUGCUGUAAGUUUAUAUGUGGCUCUUGUUCCACGUUGAGAUAUCCAUCACUGUAGCAGAGUGAUGCCAGGUCAUGAUUGCUGACAUGAAAGUAAAAUAAAUUUGAAAAAUAGAUUUCUAUAACCAAAAUGUUAGAUGUCUAAGGUUGACCUCCUUUAUUUCUUUGAAAUGCUGAGAAAUAGAUUUAAAGCUAAAUUUGAUUUAAGAGUGUAUAUAUAGUCUGCAUAGAUAUUUGAUAUUAUAUGUGGAUCAAAGCCUUUACAUGAGCAUGAUAAUCAAAUGAAAUAAGAUUUUCUAAAGUUAGUCAGAGAAGUAUUUUAUUGAGAUAAGAUUGAUGUUAUAUUGCUGUUUAUUCUUAUCUUUAAGAGGAAUGCAUGAUGGAAUGUGUUUGGUUUGGCUCUUUUGAGGCUCAGUCAUGCUUUUGUCCGCUUGUGUCACAUUUCUGAAGGUUCGAAGGGAAUCUAUUUGUUUGCUGUUUGCUUUCUGUUGAGCUUUUUAGACCUUGCAGAUGCACAAACGUAUGGUGUUUUUUAAAGAUGCACAAACACUGGAUUUUUACUGUAUUUGGGAAAUUAAAGCUCCUUCAAACAUCGUAUCCUGAAGAAUAAUAUUCUCAACUUGGAUAUACAUGUAUAGUAUAAUGGCAUCCAAUUUAAUUGGUUCAGUUGCAGAUUUUUUUUUGGGUGUACGGUGCAGAUUGUCUUAAAUUGAAGAAAUCUUUGGUGAUAUUGGUUCAAGCAGUAAAAUAAUUACAUAAUUUUCAGUACACCAUGGUCUUCCUACUUCACGGUGACAAAAAUUAACAUAUGGGGACCAGAUAUUUAUUAUACUGGUGAUUUUUUGCAUGUGAGCAAAGUUGGAAUUGGGACCUGUAGUGGUCAUUUGUUCAAGACUGUCAGUGAGCAUCCCUCAACAUCAUAUCGUGAUAAAGAGUGGAUAUGCUGACUUUUUUAUGCAGAGGCAUUAUGCAAAAUAAAUUUUUUAUAUACUCAACCUGUUAGGGAAUCACCAGUGUCAAAAUGCUCAAAUCUCACUUGAGGUUCUGGUUUAUUUUAUUCAUUUACCCACCUUGUGUGCUCUUUAUUACCUCAUAAAAUACUGCCAAAAAACCACUUUAAAUUAAAGCCUGUCUGCUAUUAUAAUGGAAUUACCUGUAUGUAAUUUAAGACCAGAGGUGGCAAGAACAGUUAGACUGUCAGCAUGUUGCUGUCCAGACACAUAUGCAACUGGUUGUGUCUUUCUAUAUUUAGCCUUACAGAAUGAUAAUAAUGUCUAAGUAGAUUUGAAUAAGGAAGCAUAUACAGUAUAUGUGCAUGUGGACUGUCAUGGUCAUGUGCAAAGAAAAGCUGGAAAUGUCUGCCGUGAUAUUUGCAUAUCUUCUCAGAAGAGGCUAAUCUGCAUUUCAUGUCUUAUUUUCUCAGUAUUUUCUUUUCUUCAGACAUGAAUAUUAAUGUGGAACACAGGAAACUUUGAUGUCAGUGAUUCAGAAUAUGCUUGUUAAACGAAAAAAACAUUGUUAGUUUCAUUGCCUCUAAGUUUGAGUAGCUGAUAUUAGACAUUAUGCUUGGAAAGUUUGUACACUUCAUCUUUUGAAAAGGCUUGUCUAUUUUCAUUAUUGAACAGAUCACCAUUUGUAAUAUGAGUGAUUUCGGACUUUUUU